ACGUACAGUAAUCAAAAUACAUAGUUUUGUGUAAGAAAUAGAAGUUAUAGCAGAGCUUGCUGAAUUCCGUUAAUUCUGUUUUAUAUAAAUUCAGGACGGGAUAACUUUGAUAGGAAUAGGCAGAUAACAUUUGUAGAAUCUGGUGACAAGAGUGUCAGCGUUUUAUUGAUAACGAUAUACAUUAUAAUUGUUUUGAGUUUGUGUUUUGUGAUAAUUAGAAUGUAAUUAUAAAAGUGCCGAAAAUCAUGAUACCGAAAGAUGUAGAUGUCACGAAAUAAUUAUUGUAAAUAUGGACCAAAGUAAAAAAUACAAUGGAAACAUUAACUUCCGUCUCUCAUAGGCUUAUUCACUUAGAUUUGAAGGGUGCACCACCCAAGAUAACGUACUUGGCUCAGCUAUUUCCAUUACUUCGUGAAUGGGGAGCUACAGGUUUACUGAUUGAAUGGGAGGAUACUUUUCCUUAUGUUCGAGAUCUUACAUUAAUCGGUUCUAAUGGGCCAUGUCCAGCUGGAGCAUAUACAGCUGAAGAGGCUCGUGAAUUACUGAAACUUGCAGGGGAUGCAGGUCUGGCAGUAGUUCCACUUGUACAGACCAUAGGACAUCUUGAGUUUGUUCUGAAGCAUGACAAGUGGCGUGCAUUGCGUGAGGUAGAGGCAUACCCCAGUUCCAUGUGUCCCUCACAUCCAGAAGCUCUGUCAGUUGCCACAUCACUAAUAAAGCAAGUUGUUGAGUUCCAUCCAGACAUUCAGUAUUUGCAUAUUGGAGCUGAUGAGGUUUGGCACAUGGGACUCUGCCCAGCCUGUUCUCGACGCAUUGAAAAUAGCAAGUGUGGGCGUGCACAACUUUUCCUGGAACACGUGGUUGCAGUUGCUCAGUAUGUACGUGAGGCUUUUCCCUCUCUGCGUGUGAUCAUGUGGGAUGACAUGCUGCGUGCUGUUGACACAUCUAUUUUGCUUGAGUUCAACUUGGGUCGCUAUGUGGAACUCAUGGUCUGGCAUUAUACACCUGCUGAGUGCUUCCAAUUAACACCAGAAUUAUGGGAUAAAUAUUCUUCAGUGUUUGACAGUGUAUGGGUGGCAACAGCAUUCAAAGGCGCAACUGGCAGUUGUCAGCUGUUGCCAGUGAUUCAGCACCAUCUAAGCAAUCAUGAACACUGGCUUCGUGUCCUCAGCCGUGAAGUGAGCAAGUUCCAGCACUUCAGGGGUGUUGCACUCACUGGGUGGUCUCGGUAUGACCAUUAUGCAACACUAUGUGAGCUUCUGCCAGUUGCCAUUCCCAGCUUAGCACUUUGUCUGAAGGUGUGGUUGGCUGGAGCUUACAGUGGAGAUUUGCACAUUUCAGUAGCAAAAGAUUUGGGCUAUAUGGACACACCACUUGUCCUGAAUCCCUAUCCCAGGCCACAGCCUGUUCCCCAACAGCUCAGUUUUCCUGGCUGGAAAGUACGUGUUGGCGUUGAGUGGUUUUCCAAUCUGCGCCUAAAGUACCGUAGCAUCGUUGAGAGUGAUCAAGUUGAAACUUGGUUCAACCCUUGGCAGAUUCAAAAUGGAUUUACCAAUCCCAUGCAGAUUGAAAGUCUGAUUCCUGCUUUCAAUGACCUGCUUUUUGAAUUUGCAUCAUUGGAGGGUUACAUGAGAGUUCAUCUGGAAGAUGUGCUACAAAUACCAGCAAUGGAGGAAUGGAUUGGUACAUUGGUGGAGCCCUUGCGCAUUCGCCUACGCCAGUUAAAGAAGGAUGCAGAGGCUCAGAUGCUGCUGGGAGCCCGUGUACGAGGCUAUGACACCCUUCUCUGAUUUGAUUGUAGCUGCCACAUCUGGCAUCAGUCAUCAACAUCUGUGCUGGCGAUGGUUUAUAUUACUUCAAAUAUAGCAAUUCUGGUACAAAGCUAUGAAUGAUAUAUGCUUAUUACCAUGUUCAAAUACAAUGGACUCUCCCCAGCUGGCACCCUCUUAACUGCAGUCUGACUUUAAUUGCCAUAUUUUGUAAUCUUCACAUUUCAAACAUGAUUCAAUAAUUCUUCAUAAACAUUACAUAUUUAGUUCUGUUUCAGACUGCCACCAGUGUACACCAUUUCACAGGACUUUUGAUUGAUGGUAUUGAAAUUUUUAAUAUUGUGCACUCUUGUUUUGCAAAAUGGGCCAAAAAAAAGAGUAAUGUUUGGUUAUCUAUAAUUGAUAAAUUAUUGUCAUGCUAAGUAAAUAACACUGUACUGAAUUUUAUUACCUUUCAUUUAUAUAUAAUUCUUCCAAUGAAGAAUAUAACUUUGGAAUAACCAGCCUACAACUUGGUCGUGUUUGUGCCAGUUAAGUGGGAGUCCAUUGUGCCAUAAAGUUCUCCACUAACUAAUCUAACUCCAUGAAGCAUUGUUCUUCUUGAGAAGCUAAUAGUUGUUCAUUUGGCCAAGGAAUUCCCAACCUGAUGUGGAACGCAGUGGUUCAUUAUUACGUAUACAACAGCCUACCACUGGAUUGAAUCCUCAGCCAUGUGAAUCCAGUUUACAUCCCCAUAUAUUAUUUCUUUAGGGUCCAUUUUAAUAUUAUCCAUAUGGGUCAUAACAAAAUGUUCAUUUCUUCUGAACCAUAGUAUUAUAACUAUAUGUUACAACUGAUAAUCCGUUCUGGCAGGUAAGUACAAGGGAUAAUAUCUUUUAUUAAUAAUAUUUUUAUAAUAA